AUGGCAGACGAAGCCAACAGAACUGCUUUUUUAGAGCUUCAAGGUCGCAUGAUUGAGACCACCUCAAAAUUCAAGCAGGUCCAGAACCAGAUACGAACCAAGGAGGGAGAAAAGAAGCGUGCUUUCUUAACCUUGGAGGAGCUGCGGCAAGUUCCUGACGAUACAAAUACAUACAAAUCUAUAGGGAGAACGUUUGUCUUGGAGCCAAAGUCAGUUUUAAUGAGUGAACAAGAGAAGAAACUCAAGGAUAGUGAGACUGCAAUAUCCUCACUACAGACCUCAAAGGAAUACUUGGAAAAGCAGAUGUCAGAGGUUGAGAACAACCUGAGGGAACUUCUGCAGCAAGAUCCAGGUCUUGCUCGUCAGAUAAUGUCCAUGAGUGUAAUGUAA